AUGACAUCAUUAUCAUCAUUAUUACCAAAACCAAAAAAUGUAUAUAGUAAUGAAGAAGAGGAUCCACUUUUUCAACCGAAACCAAAACCACAACAACAGAAACAACAACAACAACAACAACAAGAAUUAAAUGAUAAACCAAAAAAAGUAAUACCAACAUAUGGUAAUAGAAAAGGAUAUUUACCAAAGAAUAUAGAAGAUUUUGGGGAUGGUGGUGCAUUCCCAGAGAUUCAUAUAGUACAAUAUCCAUUGGAUAUGGGUAGAAAGGGUAAAUCUAAAUCAAGUAAUAGCAAUACAAGUAAUAUGAAUGGUGGUGGUACAACAACAUCAAUUGUACCAGUUAGUGUUGAUUCGACAGGUAGAGUUAAACAUGAAGCUAUUUUAGGUGAAAAGGGUAGUUUACAUUCACAAUAUAAAGAUUUAAUACCAAAACAACAUACAGAGCAUGAAUUACAAAGACCAGAUGAUGAUGAACUACAAGAAACAUUGGAUAGAACAAAGAAUGCAUUAGAAAAGAUUGUAAAUGGUAAAAUAAAAUCAUCGAAAUCAACCAACUAUGUAGAGGUUGAGAAAAAAAGUGCCACCUAUAUAAAGUAUACACCAUCGAAUCAAUUGGGUUCAAACAAUGGUAGUGCAUUAAAUUCAAAGAUUGUUCGUAUGGUAGAUGUCGCACAAGAUCCAUUGGAACCACCAAAAUAUAAGAUUAAAAAGAAGAUUAUGGAGCAUGGUUCACCACCUGCACCAGUUAUGCAUUCACCAACUCGUAAAUUAUCAGUACAGGAUCAACAAGAUUGGACCAUACCACCAUGUGUUUCAAAUUGGAAAAAUCCAAAAGGUUUUGCAAUCUCAAUUGAUAAACGUUUGGUUUCAAAUGGUGGUGGCUUACAAGAUGUAGAGAUCAAUGAUAAGUUUGCUCAUUUCACUCAAGCACUCUAUAUAGCUGAAUCGAAUGCACGUGAAGAGGUUUCAGCACGUGCUGAGUUAGAAAGAAAAUUAGCUCAAAAAGAAAAAGAAAGAAAACAAGAUAUGCUUCGUAAAUUAGCUGAAGAUGUUAGAAAUGAAAGAUCUGGUAUAAUACAACAAAGAUAUACAAGAAAAGAUAAUUCAGAUUCUGAUAAUGAUAAUGAUAAUGAUAGUAGUAGUGAUGAAGAUAAAAAUAAAAGAACACCACCAAUGAAUAGAAGAUCAAGAUCAAGAUCUACUGAAAGAAUACCAAGUAGAAAUGAUAAUGAUGAUGACGAUGAUAGAUAUAGAAUAAAAGAUAAUAGGGAUAAUCGUGGUAGAGACAAUAUAGAUAGUAGAGAUAAUAGGGAUAGUAGGGAUAGUAGGGAUAGUAGGGAUAGUAGGGAUAGUAGGGAUAGUAGGGAUAGUAGGGAUAAUAGGGAUAGUAGGGAUAGUAGAGAUAAUAGAGACAAUAGAGACAAUAGACGUCGUGAUGAUAGUAAUGAUAGAGAUAGAUAUAGUAAGAGAAGGUCAGAUAGUGAUUCAGAUAGUGAUUCAGAUUCAUCAGAUAGUGAAGAUGAAAGAGUUAGAAGAGAAAGAAAAGAGAAAUUAGAAAGAGAUAAAAUUAGAAUGGAAAAGAAGAGAGAAUUAGAACGUGAAUAUAGAUUAGAAGCAAGUGGAAAGAAAUCUAAAUUCAAUAGAGAUCAAGAUCGUGAUAUUAGUGAAAAGAUUGCAUUGGGUCAAGCUUCAAUAAAGAGAACUGAAGAUUCAAUAUAUGAUCAAAGAUUAUUCAAUCAAUCAGAAAGUCUUACUAGUGGAUUUGGUAAUGAUGAUUCAUACAAUGUUUAUUCUAAACCUUUGUUUGGUGGCGCUGUAUCAAAUUCAAUCUAUAGACCAAAAUCAAAUCAAGAGGAUAAUACAUCAAUUCAAGAUGUUUUAAGUAAUAGUAGAUUCGGUAAAGAGGGUGGUAGUGGUAGCGGCGGUGUACCAAGACCAAAUAAAGAAUUUAGUGGAACUGACAGAUCAAAAGACAGAACAGGUCCUGUUGCAUUUGAAAAAGAGAAAAAGAAAUCUGAUGAUCCAUUUGGUUUUGAUGAUUUUAGUAAAAAAAGAUAA